UUUCUACAUUUUUCUGUAUUAAAACAAACCAACCCUCAAGAAACACAAGCAGCUGACAGAAAAGGGCUUGCUUUUUUUCUUUUUUUUUUUGAGGGUUUGUGUAUAUCACGAAACACAAGCAACAACAGCCAGAAAGAAUCCGCAGCUGAUUCACUUGCAAUUCGAUGGCAGUAGGCGGCAAAAUUCGCGAAAACAAAAAGGAAGAAUUUUUGGAGCACAAAAAGAAGAAAAGAUGGGUUGAUGAGAAGUCCGGAAAUUAUUGCUUCAUGCUGUAUCCAAGAUCCUUGUAUGUAACUUGGGGACAACGGGAAUACUGGGACUGGAAAUGCUUCAAGGAAACGAGCGACGACAACAUUGAAGUUGUCAAACUGAGUCACAUCUGCUGGUUGGAUGUGAGGGGAAAAUUCAAGAUGUCUGAUCUCUCAAAAGGUGCUAUGUAUGAAGUUGUGUACAUGGUGAAGUUGACAAAGGGCGCUGAUGGUUGGGAACUUCCUAUCACCUUGAGACUAUCUCUUCCAGGCGGAGAAGUUCAAGAACGAAAAGUGAGUCUGUUGGAGAAGCCAAGAGGAGAGUGGAUAGAGCUCAAUCUGGGCAGCUUUCAGGCGAGCGAUGGAGAACACGGUGAGGUCUGCUUUGAUCUCUGGGAACAUGGAGGACACUGGAAAAAUGGACUUCUUGUCCAGGGAGCAAUCAUCAGGCCAUGCAAUUAGUGUCAUGAAAGAAAAUUACCAUCCCUCUCUGUAUUCUUGUGUUACAUCCAUCACCCUCGGUAGUUCCGUUCAGAAAUAUGAACUUGUAUUGAUCACGUCCUGGACAAGAUGAAAGAAAUUAUUCCUAUAAAUUUAAAAUAAAACAAUUGUUUCUGAA